CCCGGUGGGGCGCUGACAUCAGCGCGGUUUCCUGCCCGCCGGCAGCGCCGUGCGCCUGCCCCGUGCCCCACAGCCCCGUGCCGUGGGGCAGCGAGCCCCACGCAGCCCCGGGGGGGCCCCGUUUGCACCCCACGGCAGCCAGCGGGAUGGAGUCGGUGGCCCUGUACAACUUCCAGGCGACGGAGAAGGAUGAGCUGCCCUUCCGGAAAGGGGACACGCUGAAGAUCCUCAACAUGGAAGAUGACCAGAACUGGUACAAGGCCGAGCUGUACGGCUGCGAGGGCUUCGUCCCCAAAAACUACAUCAAGAUCAAGCCCCACCCGUGGUACGCGGGCAGGAUCUCCCGGCACCUGGCGGAGGAGCUGCUCCUCAAGCGCAAAUACCUGGGCGCCUUCCUCAUCCGCGAGAGCGAGAGCGCCCCGGGGGAGUUCUCCGUCUCCGUCAACUACGGGCAGCACGUCCAGCAUUUCAAGGUGCUCCGGGAGCGCAACGGCAAGUAUUUCCUCUGGGAGGAGAAGUUCAACUCCCUCAACGAGCUGGUGGACUUCUACAGGACCACCACCAUCGCCAAGAAGCAGCAGAUCUUCCUGCGGGACGACGACCAGAGCCCAGAGGUGAGGAGACCCAAAUUCGUGCAAGCCCAGUUCGACUUCUCGGCCCACGACAGCUCCCAGCUGCCCUUCUACCGCGGGGACAUCAUCGAGGUGCUGGACUGCCCCGACCCCAACUGGUGGCAGGGGAAGAUUUACGGGCGCGUCGGCCUCUUCCCCCGCAACUACGUCCACCCCCUGCGCAAGUGAGCUGCCCAAAAGCCCCGCUCUGCACCGUGCACGUGGCCCCCACGUCCCCACGUUGUCCCCACACCGUCCCCGUGCCGCGUGGACUGCAGAUCCCAGCGAGGGUCCUCCCACGGAGGCCGUGCCGGGGUGGAGGCCAGGCUGGCCAAGCUUCCACCCCGAGGCUGCCCAGCUCCCGGUGCCGAAAAAUAACCCGGCGGGAGGAAGCGUAGGGCCAAAAAAAAUCAUUUUGAAAUGAAAAAGGCGUAAAAACUUCUCCGGAGCUGCCGAGGGGAGCAGCAGGAGCCCAGCUCGCAGCCUCCACCACCGCAGUCCCGUGCCCAGUAAAUGGGAAACACCACGGCAGGCCCAGCCCAGGCUGGUUUCUUGCUGGGGCCGUGGUGUUUGGCAGCUCCUCGCCAGGACCUUUCGAAGCCCCUGCUCCCCGGAGAGCUGCAGGCAGCUGGAAAAUGCCCAGGAUGUGGCCAGGCUGGGUAACGCUGUGCAGGGUGCCAGGACUGGCUGCCCCGGAGGAAUUCAGUCCUGCUGGUGCCGUUUGUAGCUGCAAAGUGUGGCUUUUUAAUAUUUUAUUUAGAGCUAGUAAAGUGUGUUUGGAUGAAA